AUGUUACGCAAUGUUAAUGAGUCACAGGAUUUCUUAGAUAAACAAAUAAUUGAUAAAUUAUCAUUAUGCGGAUUGCAUAACAACAAUGAUAAAAAAAUAAUUGAAGAAUUAUGCGAAUUGCAUGAAAAAGAAUCAUUCAAAGGAAGCUUUGAUUCUGAAUUUAUUAGUUCAAUAGAAAAAUAUUUGACAAGAAAUCAAUUAAAAUCAGAGGAUCUAAUUAAUUUAUGUUUAAAUAAUCAAUCAAAUUCUAUACUUUUAACUAUUCUCGCACGUUGCUAUCGUUAUGGAAAAUGG